GGCGGCGGCGGCGAUGAGAGUUGAGGUUGCGGGAGGCGACAGCCGCUGAACGGCCUCGCCAAGCCCCGGAGCUGCAGGGCCGUCCCCGCCGGAGCCUGUUGCAUGCGGCAGCCCGCCUAGGGGAGGCCCGAGCCCGGCGUCCUCCCCCGGGCCCCGCCGGCCCCAGGGCAGCGAGUCGGGCCGGCAGCGCGGCGCUUAAUGAGGAGGUGACGGCUGCCCCAUUAUCCGUGAAUCACCCCGUCGUUAUUCGCCGGGAAGGAAGAGCGCGAGGGGGGAAAAGCCGCGCGCAGCCCAUGUCGCGGCGCAGUGCUGCCCGCCCCGCCUGGCACCGCCACUGACGGAGCCGCCGCCCCCGGCGCAGCCCUCGGCCCGGAGCUCCGCAGGGCCCCGCCGCCCCACGCCGGCCUCGGGCCGGGGAUCUCUGCUCGCUGCUGCUCGUUCUGCUUUCAAAGUUGGUGUUAAAGCGUCAGAGGGAUAUCAAGAUGUCCAGCAGCGUUCCGGCUGACAUGAUAAAUUUGCGCCUCAUCUUGGUAAGCGGAAAAACGAAAGAGUUCUUGUUCUCACCAAAUGACUCUGCUGCAGAUAUUGCAAAACAUGUGUAUGACAACUGGCCGAUGGAUUGGGAAGAGGAACAAGUCAGCAGUCCAAAUAUCUUGCGGCUUAUUUAUCAAGGGAGGUUUCUUCAUGGCAAUGUGACACUAGGAGCAUUAAAACUUCCCUUUGGCAAAACAACAGUGAUGCAUUUGGUGGCUAGAGAGACAUUGCCAGAACCAAAUUCUCAAGGUCAAAGGAACCGUGAAAAAACUGGAGAAAGCAAUUGCUGUGUAAUCCUGUAAACCCUGUUUAGCUUUACCUGCUAAGUGUGAUGUAAUAUAGUCUUUGUUUUUCAUGCUGCUGGAAUAGAAGAGGCCCUACCUUGCUUCAAACACCUGUAGGAAGAGCCUGUCUGUAAAUCCAUGGAACUGAAAUAUUACACGAACACUGUCUCAUUAGUCUUUUUUUUUUUUUAAAGAGAAAGAUCUAUGAACACUUUCAGUGUUUUAUUUUUAAUUCCUGCUUUUUGUUUGUUAAAUAAUCCUACAGUACAACAGUUCUUGAAGGAAUUUGAUCUCUGGAAAACUUAAUGUGUUCUUUUCCAUAGCAGGAAUCAUUUUGCUACCACAAAAAGCUCUAUUAACCAGAUCUAACUAGUCAAGCUUUCUAGAUGCAAUUUGCACUAAGUAUGGUUGACAUAUUUCUCAUCAACAAUCUGUAACAAUAUUUGAAAUACCUAGUAGUAACCUACAAUGUAUAAUGCAACACUGGAAAAUAGUAUAUCUGUAAUGAAAGUCAAUCUCAUUUAUGGCCAAAUCAAGGGAAAAACUUCAGUCAAUUCUACCUGAGUCAACCUGAGUGGUGGCCGACCUGGCACAGAAUGCUAACUAAACCAACUCUAACUAUAUAUAUUUUCACUAAAACAAAAACAAAACGAUGUGCCUGUAAUUUAAAAGCACUCUGUAGAGGGCUGAUGAAACUAAUCUUUUUCGUUACUGUGUGCACUCUUUAUCUCGUAUGUUAGGUGAGUGCUUAAUUCAGACAGCACAAACAAGUGCAGAGAGUGCAUUUCCUAGCCUUAAUAUGGGAGGGGUAAUUUCCUGUAGUUCAUAGGCUUUUAUUAUUGUGCAUAAAUGUUAGAAAACAUCUACUAAUCAGUUUUAUGUAUUUGAAUAUUGACAAUUGGUGUUUUUCAGUCACUUUCUCAUCUGUACCUUAGUGUCCAGUGUCAUGCUUACUCAUUAGAGCCUUCAAAAAGAAUUAUUAAAGUUUAAAAAGCAAAAAGAAAAACCUCUGCCAUAGUACUAGUUUUGUUUCUUUACGUAAUCUGCAUUUGGUAUUAGUGCUUGCAAUUGCAUUAAAAUCAGAAGCUGAUUUUUAAAGGCAUACAUAAUUAAGAGGAUGCCAUUCUUUUAUUUCAUAUCAAUAAUUUAAACGUUGAUAUGCUAAAGAAAUUUGCACAGCACUAAAGCAUGAGCUAGUUUCAUCUAAAUCUGUAAAAAAAAAUAAAAUAAAAAAAUUAAAAAAAGAAAAGAUUUUAUAUUUUUUUCACUGGGGAGGAAUUCUUCCUGGCUGAAAUUACAAAUAUGUGUAGAAUAUAUUUAAUAAAAAUCUUAUAAAAUACUUAACUAUAGAAGUUAAAUAUAGAUUGGCGUGUAGUAUAAUAGAACAAUAUUCCAUAUAAAUAGCUUUAGCCUUUAAAGAAAGUCACAGGUUGACAUUGUGUUCUGUACUUAUGUGUCCUCAACUCUUACAGAUGUUCUAUAUAAUCAUUUUUUUUGAAUGGUUGGCAUCAUUCAAAUGCAGUCUGGUUAUUUUAUCCAUUGUUAUUGCUUUGAUGAAAUGCUUUAUAUGCAGUAGAUUUACAAAAAUAUUGUUCAUACUGAUCAGAAUUAAAUUUGUAUAGAGCAGAGUUUUAAAACAAAUUGUAAAUAGCACUAAACAUUUUCUUUCUGCAACCUGUACUGAUAGACUCCCCUGUAAACUAAAUAAAAAAAUAUUGUAGUGCA